UUCUUAGUAAGAAAAAAGUGUUCUUAGCACUUCUAUUUAUUACUUAGUACAGGAUUUUAAUUUUAACGUUAAAAAUGAGACAAAAUUUACAUGUGAAUCUGGACAAGUCCAUGCUGACAAGAAGUUUGCCUCGUACUUCUUAAAUUAACGUUUUUUUUUAAGCACGUGGUUGUUUGGUCCCAUCGUGAAAUUUCAUGUCGUGUCUCAUUUUAUUGUUGUAGUGAGAAAUAGGAAAGGAUAUUUAUCUAUGGCGAUUUGCAAGUUGAAAUCUUUGCUUUCUCUUUCGAAAUGCAACUCUGCGUUGGUCUCCUCUUCAAUACGCGCUUUCUCUUCGGCACAGGUUCCCCCUAAUCACUUGCGGAAUGUUGGAUUCAUUGGGCUUGGAAAUAUGGGAUCACGAAUGGCAAAUAAUCUGAUCAAAGCUGGAUUCAGACUCACAGUUCAUGACCUAAACUCUGAUGUUCUCGAGAUGUUCUCUCAAAUGGGAGUUCCCACAAAGAAAACACCUUAUGAAGUUUCAGAAGCAAGUGAUGUUGUAAUCACAAUGUUGCCAACUUCUGCCCAUGUGAUUGAUGUUUACACUGGACCAAAUGGUUUGCUUCAUGGUGGAAAACUCCUAAGGCCAUGGUUGUUGUUAGAUUCAUCCACUAUUGAUCCACAAACAUCAAGAAACCUUUCUGCUACAGUAACUAAUUAUAUUCUAAGAGAAAAGAAAGGUGAAUGGGAAAAACCUUUCAAGUUGGAUGCUCCUGUAUCUGGAAGUGUUACUGCAGCUGAAGCUGGGACACUUACUUUUAUGGUUGGUGGCUCUGAGGAAGCAUUUCUUGCUGCAAAGCCCUUACUCUUUUCAAUGGGUAAAAGUGCAAUAUAUUGUGGUGGAGCAGGAAGUGGUUCUGCAGCAAAAAUUUGCAAUAAUUUGGCUUUGGCUGUGAGCAUGCUGGGAAUAUCAGAAGCUCUUGCUCUAGGCCAAUCUCUAGGUGUUUCUGCCAGCACCUUGACAAAUAUAUUUAAUUGCUCCAGUGCUCGCUGUUGGAGUAGUGAUGCUUACAACCCAGUUCCUGGGCUGAUGGAAGGGGUGCCCUCGUCAGGGGAUUAUAACGGAGGGUUUGCAUCCAAGCUUAUGGCAAAAGACUUGAAUCUAGCAGUAGAAUCAGCUAAGCUGGCUGGAUGUAAAUACCCACUAACAUCACAAGCGCAAAAGAUAUAUACUGAGCUCUGCAGCGUUGGCCAUGAAGCCAAAGACUUUUCAUGUGCUUUUCGCCAUUAUUACUCUGGAAUUGACGAACCUCAUGAUCAGUAAAUUAAGACGUUGGUUGUAUGCAUAAAACUGUUGUGAUCCCAUGCCUAGUAUAUAUGGCAAGAAGAUCAAUUGAGCUCAAUGAAGUUGUAGAAACAGUUGCGAGUUAUUCUUGUUUUCAAUCAGAAAUAGUGUGGUUCC